CGCAAUUAAUGGGAACCGCAUUAGUAGACUCCGGUGGAGGACGGAGGGUGAAAUGAAGAGACAAAAAACGUCUGCGACGCAUUGUCUGAUCGCGGACCGUCGCUGAGGAGAAGCGGGACUCGUGUUCUGGUGGAUUAUUGCUGACAGUCCUUUUGGAAGUUCUUUCCUGGAUGCGUCUAAACAGCGGCGCUGCCUGUCGUCUGCGCGCUUUAGAAUGAUGGGAACUGGAAGACGGCCGAAUUAAAAAAAAAAAAAAGAAAUUAGCUCUUGCAUUCAUUUCCACUUAUUCAGAAGAUCGAAAUCUGCAUACUUUCAUCUCACAGAUUUACCUGGAGUAGCCUACAUUCCAUGAUACAGGAGACUUUUACGCAUUCCGGAUACUUUUAUCUGAGGCUGAAAUGGGGGAUAGAUCUUAUUUUAUUCAUUACCAGAGGAUGAAACGGUUAACUGUGCUUUUUUCUAUCUUGAUUUGAUACGUGAACAUGUAUAUAUACAUGUACAUUGCUCUUUAGAAUAUAUAUGAUAUAUACAUUUACGCGUCUAUACACUUUUUUAACUAAGUGGACUGGCGAUGAUCGUGCUGGCCAUUAUCCUGUGCGUGACGGACAGAGCGCUCUCCCAAAUCCGCUACUCUGUCCUGGAGGAGGCACAGCAUGGCACUUUGGUGGGUAACGUCGCCAGGGACCUCGGGCUGGACCUGACCCAGCUGGCGUCUCGUCGCUUCCAAGUGGUGCCCGGCUCGAGGAAGCCGUACCUGGAGGUGAACCUGGACAAUGGCGCCCUGUUCGUGAACGAGCAAAUCGACAGGGAGAAAAUCUGCAAGCAGAGCGCGGACUGCCAGCUCAGUGUGGAGGUUUUCCUGGAGAGCCCGCUGGAGCUCUUUCGGGUCGAAGUCGAGGUGGUGGACAUUAACGACAACCCGCCCAGUUUCCCGGAGACGGACAUCGUUGUGGACAUAUCGGAGAGCGCGACUCCGGGCACCCGGUUCCCUCUGGAGAGCGCGUUUGACCCAGACGCGGGCACCAACGCGUUGUACACCUACGACAUAACCACUAAUAACUACUUCGAUCUGGACGUGCAGACCCAAUCGGACGGGAACAAGUUCGCGGAGCUGGUCCUGAAGAAGCCGCUGGACCGGGAGCAGCAGGACGCGCACAGGUACGUGCUGACGGCGGUGGACGGCGGCCAGCCCGCGCGCACCGGCACCGCGCUGCUCGUGGUCAAGGUGUUGGACUCCAACGACAACGUGCCCGUGUUUGACCAGCCGGUCUACGCGGUCAGCCUCCGGGAGAACGCCCCCGUGGGCACGCUGGUCAUCCAGCUGAACGCCACGGACCUGGACGAAGGGCUGAACGGGGAAAUCGUCUAUUCCUUCAGCAAUCACAUCUCCGGCCGCGCCAAAGAACUGUUCGGCAUCGAUCCGCGCACCGGGCGCGUGGAGGUGACCGGGGACGUGGACUUCGAGGAGAGCGCCUCGUAUCAGAUCUUCGUCCAGGCGAAGGAUCUGGGACCGAACGCGGUGCCCGCGCACUGCAAGGUCCUCCUCAAAGUUGGAGACGUGAACGACAACGCGCCCGACAUCACCUUCAGCACGGUCACUCAGUCGGUCAGCGAGAACGCGCCUCCCGGGACGGUCAUCGCGCUGCUGAGCGUGUCGGAUCAGGACGCGGAGGAAAACGGACUGGUCAACGUGGAGAUCCUCGGGGAUGUCCCGUUCAAGUUAAAGUCCUCCUUCAAGGAUUAUUUCACUCUGGUGACCGACGCGCCGCUGGACCGAGAGCAGGCCGCGUCUUUCUCCAUCACCGUGGUGGCACGAGAUAAAGGAACCCCCUCCCUGGCCAGUAGUAAGUCCAUCCAGGUCAAAGUCUCGGACGAGAACGAUAACCCGCCCGUAUUCACGCAGACGAAAUACGACGUGUACGUGACAGAGAACAAUGUACCAGGGGCGUACAUACAUGCCGUCACGGCCCUGGACGCAGACAUUGGGCCAAACGCACUGGUCAGCUACUCCAUAUCAGAAUGUGACAUUCAAGGGAUGUCAGUGAAAACCUAUGUGUCCAUUAAUGAGGAGACGGGAUACCUCUACGCCCUAAGGUCUUUCGAUUACGAGCAACUGAAGGAUUUCAUGUUCGUGGUGCACGCCAAAGACGCGGGAACCCCCGAGCUCUCCUCAAACGUCACCGUCAAAGUCAUCGUGGUGGACCAGAACGACAACCCCCCCGUGGUUAUCGCCCCGUUGGGAAAGAACGGAACGGCCCGGGAGCCGGUUCCCCUCGGGGCCGAGCCGGGCUACCUGGUGACCCGCGUGGUGGCCAUGGACGCCGACGACGGCGAGAACGCCCGCCUGUCCUACAGCAUCCGGCGGGGCAACGAGAACGGCGUCUUCCGGAUGGACUGGAGGACCGGCGAGCUCAGGACGUCCAGGCAGAUGGCGUCCCAGAAGGACCGGAAGCAGCUCUACGACCUGCUGAUCGAGGUCAGAGACCACGGUCAGCCGCCUCUGUCCUCUAGUACCAGCGUGCUGGUGACCAUGGGGGGCGCCCUGGCCAACGGGAAAGCCGGCGGGGGCACGGUAGACACCAGGAAGUUCAAAGACGGCCCUCUGAAUCUCACCGUCAUCCUCAUCGUUUCCCUCGGCUCCGUCUCCUUUAUCUUCCUCCUGGUGAUGAUCGCCCUCGCCUUGCGCUGCCAGAGGAGCAAAAAACUGAACCCGUACCCCUGCUCGACGGGGAAAUGCUGUCUGGGCUGCAGGUCCUGCUGCUCCCGUAAGGGCCGGUCCCACCGGAAGAAGCUCAGCAAGUCGGACAUCAUGCUGGUGCAGAGCUCGGUGCACGCCAGCGGCUGCGGGGUGACCCAGGUCUCCGUGGAGGAGUCGGGCAGCUUCGGCUCCCACCACCAGAACCAGAGCUACUGCUACCAGGUGUGCCUGACCCCAGAGUCCGCCAAGACCGACCUGAUGUUCCUCAAGCCACGGAGUCCCUCCAGGAACAAAGACCCUGAUCUCAACCCCCAUGGGACCAUAGCGACAGAGUACAGAAAUAUGCAGCCUGACGUCAUAUCGUACGAGGCUAAACGUUAUCUUCUAGAUAAGCCAAGACGAGUCAACAGUUCAGCUUUUCAGGAGGCCGACCUGGUCAGCUGCAAAGAUAGUGGCCAUGGAGACAGCGAGCAGGGAGACAGUGACCAUGACGCCACAAAUCGUGGUCAUUCCUCUGCUGCUGACCUCUUCUCCAACUGCACAGAGGAAUGUAAGGCUUUGGGUCACUCUGACCGCUGCUGGAUGCCGAGUUUUGUGCCUUCCGUCGGGGAUCAGGGUCAGGGUCUGGACUACCGCAGCAACCUGCACGUGCCCGGCAUGGACUCCAUCCCGGACACGGAGCGAGGACAGGGCUUGACUAGCUCCUUUCAGGUGGACAUGCCGGUGACCGCUUGAAAUUGCACUUCCUUUCUACCUGUCAAUGAGGACUGAGAGAAAAAAAUGACAAAAUAAAGAGCAUACAUGGAAAAAAAAGGGUCAAAAUGAACAAUUUCCAAUCUCUGUGUACCUGUUUACAUCCCCGUUCAACUUGAGUCAGAUUCAAGUGAGUGCCACUCGGAAAAGGCCCUUGAGGCAUUUGAAUAAAACGAGAUGCCAAAUUGUAUAGAAUUGUGAUGCUUUUCAAAAUGUAAUGCCAAUGUUUUCCACAGUUUUAUGUUGUUUGUGUUGCUAUCUACUUUGAACUUUAUACAUAAAAAAUCAAAUAAAACAGCAAGAUGCAUCUGUAUUUAGUUGACUUUCUUUUUCCAAAUCGUUCUUUUUUUUGCUUAAGGAUUGGUUUGUCUGCCACAUAAAGGGAUUUGUGAGGUAUUGA